CUAGCCGGAUAUCUCACGUCUCAAGCAGAACGCUUUCUUGCUGCUGAAGCUGAAGUAAGCCACCCCAAAAACCCCUCGAAAACCCCCACCCCAAAACAUGGAUCAUAUCGCAGCAGCGGAGGAGCAGCUCGUUUCCGACCGGCUCCGGCGCAAGCUCAGCGAAGUCAACGCCGCCGCUCAAGCCCAUCUCUCCGGCAUUCAGGACCACGUCAAUUUCACUCUCCAGCAAGCGUAUUUCAAGUGCGCUCACGAGUGCUUCGACAGGAGGAGGAGGCAGGAAGAGAUUAGCGGCUGCGUGGAGAAUUGUAGCGUUCCGGUUGUCAGUGCUCAGCAACGGGUCGAGAAUGAGAUGGGCAAGUUUCAAGAAAGGUUGAAUAGGUCCUUAAUGGUGUGCCAGGAUAAGUUUGAGGCAGCCAAGCUCCAACAGAAUAGGACUGGCGCCAUGAAAGAUUUGGAAGCUUGUGUCGAGCAAUCGAUCAACGAUAGCAUCAACACACUGCCACAUCUAGUGACGAGACUGAAGUCUUCGCUUGCCAUCACCGACUGAAUUGAGUAACCUUUCAAAAUGGUGUAUGUUUUGCCUCAUUCCAUAAUUAGCUGACAACAUGAUGUUCUUAAAGGUCUGAAAAGAUUUAAGAAUCAGACCUGCCAUUUUUCCCCCAUUUCUAUAAACUUUGAGAUGUUUGUGUUUUUUUGUUGUUUAAAAGAGGAGGAAACAUGUCCUGAGAGCUGUGGCUUUUGUGCGGCCAGUAGUAUAGUAGAGGCAAUUGUCAUUCUUCGCAUGGCCAGUUGGUUGCAUGUUGAUAUCUUUUUGAGUCGAGUCGUUCUCAAACUACGCGGCUCAUUCAUGUGUUGGCCAAAAUAUCUACAUGGAGAUUCUACUUAGAACGGGUA